CACAAAAUAUUACUCAGAAUGGACUUUUUAUUAUUGUACAGGGUAAACCAUUCCUGGAUAGUUACUUGCCUAUUAAUCUUUUCCCAUGUUAUGAUGUCUUGUCACAUGGAAGAACAUUCUGAGAGGCGCCAACUUCAUGAGUUAACUGUAAAGAGGAAAGACCUGAAGCGAUGUGACAAUGAUAACCGCGUAUGCGUCACUGACGAUAGUGACUGUGUCCCCAGAUCUCAUGUGUCUCAUGAAAGGGUGAAUAUAUCAUGCUUUUUUCUACUCACGGACUAUGCUCUGACUCCGUAUCCUCAAUGCCUUUGGAGUCAGGAAUAUAACAUCAAUGCAGAAAGCAUGCACUCUCUCAUUUUCAGUCAGACCACUCCGAUUUAUUCUUGUAUGGGAAUCUUCAGCUUUGGUGGACGAAUGAAUGUAACUUUAAAAAUUAAGAACAACAUGAACGGAAUGGAGUCGUGGUCAGAGCCCUACGAAGUGGCAGUACAAGAAGCAAUAAAAGCACCUUGUCCUACCAUCACAUCAGUCAAUGGCUCUGACAACUCACUGGAGGUGACAUGGGGGAUCAGCAAGUUGCACACUAGAUGUCGGGUCCGUUACCGAAUGGCCACUGACAAAUGGACUGAGAUCCCAGCCUAUGUUCUUGUGGAAAGUGCUGAAAAAGCAGUCUACACGAUUGAAGGCCUCAAGCCUUUCAGCAGCUACAUCAUUGCCGUUUCCUGUAUUUUGUCAUUUGGUCACUGGAGUGACUGGAGCAUGGAGACAACUAGGACAACACUGGAGAGUGCACCCUCUAGACCGCCAGAUAUCUGUUAUCAUUUGGAGACGGUGAACAAACAAGGACCUCAUCACCUUAUGCUUUUGUGGAAGGCCCUUGAUAUUUAUGAUGCUCACGGACAUAUUCUUGGGUACCAAGUGAGCUACACACAAACAAAGCACCCCUUUCUGAGUGUGACCACUAACACCACAGAUCUGAAGGUGGUCCUUGUGGUGACCGAGGAUGAGUUGGAGGUCACAGUUAUGGCGUACAACAGCGCUGGUGGAUCUCCUUACUCUCAUCUAAAGAUUGACCUGAGUCUUCAUCAGACUCUACCCUCAGUGAGAAGACUUUGGGUGAAUUCUGAAGAUGAUAGGCUAGUGCUUCAUUGGGAUGUGGGACACAUAUCCCUGCCAGUUAGUGAGGUUGCCAAUGAGUGGGCCACUGAUGCUGCACAUCCCACAUCCAGUCACUGGAAACGAGUGAAUGGCUCCACCAGAUCAACAGUCUUGAAAGACCAUCUUCAGCCUGGGACAACAUACAGAAUCAAUGUUUACCCCAUAUCAAAUCAACUGUGUGGGCCACCCAAGUCAAUCUUUGCCAACCUAGAGUACGGAACGCUUUUAGGUGCAGUCGGAAUGCACGUUGUGGAUGUGACUAAAAACACAGUGACUGUACAGUGGGAGUGGCAGAGAAAGGAGGUUCACCCCAAGGUUCUCAGAUACAGAGUGAUACUGCGCCUGGGGGAGAUACAGGUCGAAUCUAUCCCUGUCUGGCCAGAGGUAUGGCAGCACACAUUCUUCAAACUCCGUGCAAACACAGGCUAUUCUGUUAAUUUACUGGCGGAGACUUCUAAUGACAACAUUUCAAGAGAAAUUAUUCCGAUUAAAACACAUAUUUUUGAACAUAAUGAAAUAAUGUUCACCUUCUGUCUAAUCGUCCUGCUUACUCUUGGCCUUGGAGUUUUCUUGAUUUUAUCCAGAACUGUCUACAAAACAUAUUUCUUUCCAAAUAUUGCUAACCCUGGGGCCAGUGUUGUUGGACGAUGGCUUUUGGAGUCACACCAUGAGAAAAACCGUGUGAAGAAUGUACUGAAGCUGGAGGAGUUCUUAGUCACUGAUCUCUCAGGGGGAAACGGCUUUGUUGAGCUGGGGCAAGAAAGGCCGCCUAUGAGAGAGGACGGGAUUUUUAACCCUGGUUCAUCUCACAGUACCCUCAAUAUAAAACAUAUUUUUAUUCCGCAAAAUACAGAAUACAUUGAAAAUACUCCUAAAAGUAACAGAGAGAACAGGGAUUCCUCCCUGAUGUUUAACAAUGUUGCCCACAUAGAGAAUGGCCAGGGUACACACGUAGAAAAUUGCCAGGGUAGCUUACUUCCAGAAAGCACCCAAAUACAGUGCAAUUUUGACUAUAUAAAGAACAAGCAUACUCUUGAAAAACACCAACACCCCAAGCAAUGUUGAGUAAAUUGAAAACACUUUUUCUCAGCAAUAAAAUGCUCAAUAUGGAUAGUCUUCAAUGAAUGCCGUUUUAAUAUUCUCAAUAAACAAACCUAGAUUUUACAUUUAGAUUUCGUAAAUGUAAACCAUUUUAAGUGCUACUGUUCUUCAUAAUGUUACAGGCUUUGUUUUUUCCACUUAUGUUUUGAGGUGGGACUUUAGCAGGUAUAGCUCGUUAGCACAUAGGGCGCACCGAUUGGUGUCACCUCGUUAGUCAGUAUGUGUUAAACCUGUGCCAACCUAGUGCUCUUGAGAGAUGUGGAGGGUUAACACUUUUAUUCGGCGUUCCUUCUUUUUGAUUUCUAGGCAAACAGUCCUUUAUCUGAUCAUCCCUGUUUUCGUUUUGCUCCACUUUUUGGUUUGCUUCCAGUAUAGGUUUGGUGUUUUUUGUUGUUGUUGCCUCUUCUCUUUUUUGCAAAUUUAGUGGGCUCUUGUGGUGGAUGUCUUUAAGGUUCCACGUGUUGUUACUUGUCAACUUUCAGUGGACACCCCCACGUCUUUCAGAACUCCCCCUAAAACCCCACUUGUUUCAUUUUCGUUGUUGUUCGUUGUUCCCCCUUCUGUUUGAGCGACAUUUUAGGUUUUCUUACUGGGGAACUUCAUUAACAAUGUAUACAGUAUUUGUUCUGCUGUAAAAUAUAUUGUACAUAUAUUUUUUACAUUUUAUAUUAAACUUCAACCAUAUCCCAUGUCAUUUUAUGGGUUAACUAUAUGGGUAAACAAUGAGAAUGAUUCAUAUAUUGUACGUCAUUUUUUGUAUGUAGUAUUCUCUUUAUGUAUUAUGGGGACUUUAAUUCAAUUUAAAUAGAUAUAUAAAUAAUUACCUGAAUUCAGCUUACCUGACUGAUGGUAUCCUAUACGAAAAUAAUAUACUAUGGAAUCACUGAUAGAGAAAAUUAUGAAGGGGAAAAUACACACUGAGAAGGGACAGUUAAAAUAUUUUAUUAAAUAGAUGUAGCUGCAGCUCUUAAAUAACUUGUCAGUAAUUGUAUUGCAUAGUAAUUUAUAUUACCUGUAUAGAGGGCUUAAAGUUGACGUACGAUGCCUCCUGGUGGUCAUUCAUUCCUUCAACGAAAACAGCCCAGUGGCUACCCAAAACUGUAUGAUAACAGUGCCAAACCCCAAACUGCAUAAUAACAGUGCCUAAACUAGUUGAUUCAUCACCACGGUCAUUUUCAGUGUAGUAUUUGGCUGCUCUAACAAGACAGGAAAGACAACGGGCAAAAAUAUGCUUACAGAUUCCCUGCAAUCCUAAAAAUACCAUUGUUGAUACCAAUGAGAUGAGACUCAACUGUCAGAAAGGCGAAGAAACCUUUUGGCCCGUCAAAUUAAAUCAAAUUUGAUUGUCAAGACUUUAACCCAGACAGCUGCCAGUACAAGACCUGCUACUAUCAUUUCAUCACUGGUACAGUUGAAGUCGGAAGUUUAGCCUUAGCCAAAUACAUUUAAACUCAGUUUUUCACAAUUCCUGUCAUUUAAUCUGAGUAAAAAAAUCCUUGUUUUAGGUAAAUUAGGAUCACCACUUUAUUUUAAGAAUGUGAAAUGUCAGAAUAAUAAUAGUGAGAAUGAUAUAUUUCAGCUUUUAUUUCAUCACAUCCCCAGUGCGUCAUUGGUUUACAUACACUCAAUUAGUAUUUGGUAGCAUUGCCUUUAAAUUGUUUAACUUGGGUCAAACGUUUUGGGUAGCCUUCCACAAGCUUCCCACAAUAAGUUGGGUGAGUUCUGGCCCAUUCCUCCUGACAGAGCUGGUGUAACUGAGUCAGGUUUGUAGGCCUCCUUGCUCGCAUCCGUUUUUUCAGUUCUACCCAAACAUUUUCUAUGGGAUUGAGGUCAGGGAGAUGGCCACUCCAAUACCUUGACUUUGUUGUCCUUCAGCUAUUUUGCCACAACUUUAGAAGUAUGCUUGGAGUCAUUUGGAAGACCCAUUUUCUGAAGACUGAUGUCUUGAGAUGUUGCUUCAAUAUAUCCACAUAAUUUUUCUUUCCUCAUGAUGCCAUCUAUUUUGUGAAGUGCACCAGUUCCUCUUGGAGCAAAGCACCCCCACAACAUGAUGCUGCCACCCCCGUGCUUCACGGUUGGGAUGGGGUUAUUCGGCUUGCAAGCCUCCCCCUUUUCCUUCCAAACAGAAUGAUGGUCAUUAUGGCCAAACAGUUCUAUUUUUGUUUCAUCAGACCAAAGGACAUUUUUCCAAAAAGUACGAUCUUUGUCCCCAUGUGCAGUUGCAAACCGUAGUCUGGCUUUUUUAAUGGCGGUUUUGGAGCAGUGGCUUCUUCCUUGCUGAACGGCCUUUCAGGUUAUGUCGAUAUAGGACUUGUUUUACUGUGGAUAUAGAUACUUUUGUACCCAUUUCCUCCAGCAUUUUCACAAGGUCCUUUGUGUUGUUCUGGGAUUGAUUUGCACUUUUCGCACCAAAGUACGUUCAACUCUAGGAGACGGAACGUGUCUCCUUCCUGAAUGGUAUGACGACUGUGUGGUCCCAUGGUGUUUAUACUUGCAUACUAUUGUUUGUACAGAUGAACGUGGUACCUUCAGGCGUUUGGAAAUUGCUCCCAAGGAUGAACCAGACUUGUGGAGGUCUAGAAUUUUUUCAGUGAAUUAUAAGUGAAAUAAUCUGUUUUAAUGACUCCAACCUGAGUGUAUGUAAACUUCCGACUUCAACUGUAUGAGUUAAGCUCUUCUCUACUUCAAAUGCACAAUUUCAAGGGAUCCAUUAGAAAUGCCCUUAAGGCUAAUGGUUUGAUAGAUUGAAUCAGGUGUGUUAGUGCUGGCCUUGAAUAGAAGCCUGCACACCCAGCAGGGUUUGACGGCUCUGUAUACUGUAUCUGAGGACAGAAAACAUUACAAAGAAACAGAGAUGUUGCUAUAUCCUUAGUUUUUCUCUGGAACUGGGUAAUAGUUUAAUAAUGUCCUCCAACAAAGUUACCGGCCAUAUCCAGGGUAACAGUAGCCUACUCUCCCUUCUUUGACCGCUGGAAGUGCUAGCUAAUAAUUUCACCCUCUUCCAUGGCUGUUAGCUAGCUACCUAACUAAUGCAUUUGGAGUAAGAAUGAUAAAUCCAACAAGAUAGCUAACUAACGUUAGCUAAAAUGAAGUUAGCAAGCUGGUGAAUUCACGUAGCUAGCUACUGUAGCUAUAGAGUAUGUAAAGUUAGCUAACUAGCAAACAUAACUUACAUGUUAGCAUUUGAGUUAGCCUGGGUCCUUAGAAAAACGAAAUAAUAGUCAAAGUUUCGGGUGGUAGCAAAACGCAGCAAGCCAUGUAGACGAUUGGAGGACUUUCAGACUGAUGCUUGGUGCGGUUGCUAAGCGAUUUGUGACGCAACUGCAAGCACUAAUUGACUGCCUGUACAAUAUGUAUUUUUGACAACAGGGGUAAUAUUCUUUCAUAUGAACAAUUUAUAACAUUGAAUGAGUUUACAAUACCUUUCAGAGAGUUUAUUUCUGUGAUCAAAGCCAUUCCCAGUGGUUUAACUACACUAAUGAAAACUCAUCUUAGCUUUGGUGAUGAUCACAGAGCUUAUCCAGAAAUCAGUUUGGAAGGCGUGGGCUUACAUGAGAAAUCUUAUUGUACAAAUACACAAGGCACAUUUUCCAUCCACAGAAACAAUUUACGCCUAGGGGAAACAUUUUCCGGAACAUGCUUAUUCCUGACAUUGUCUGAAAAAAAGCUUGCUUGAUGCCUUAUUGUAUAUAUAUAUAUACACAUUUAAGGAAGUGCACUUUAAAACUCUACAUUAGAUAUAUCCAUGUAAUUCUAUGUUGUCCACAUUUGUUGAUAUUUGCAUUUUCUGCUUAAAAAGGACUUUUUGCAAGAUUUUUGGAAAAACCUUGCAGAAUACUUAUUUACCUUUUUGAACACUGUUUUUGACAUGAAGAAUAUGUUACUAUUGCAAUGAUAACAAGAUCAUUGAAAUGAUUGUGAAUAUUUUUAAAUUCUUGUUGCCAAAUACUUUAUACACAAACAAAAAUUCCAGAAUUAUAUACCAAAAUUACAAAUAUUUUUGAUUGAAUUUAAUCAUCUUGUCAAGAUAUCCAUAGUGAAUAACAAAAAUAAUAUAUUCCUGAAUCAUUAUGAGAUUAUUUUUUCUGAGUGAAUACAAUUGCCCUGGAAUUGUCAUAUUUAAAAAAAAGUAUUUUGUAAAUGUUAUUUCUGAGUCCAAUCAUGAUAAUGGUGCCGAAGGAGAUGGCUGCUGUUUUGCUGAUAAUUCCUAUGAUUAACAGUGUUAAAAAACUUAUAUGUGAAAACAAUAUUUUUUUUUGUUGUUUAUUAAAUUAGAAGGUUGGUAGCAACAUGUGAAAAUCAUUGUGGAAAUCUGUUGUAGCUCAAGUUGACUACACAACCCAAUGCUCUCUCUCUGUCAAUAUCAUAUCUCUGUCAA